UGGGGUCGCACGCCGUUUCAGGAGGGAGUGGGAGGAGCUUCUGCUGUGACAUCACAGAGGAGGAGAGACAUAAAGUUCACACACCUUUGGUAGGAAAAUCCACAGCAGCAGCAGCAGCAGAUUACCACACAGCUCCAUCCUCCUCAGGAUGUCUACUCACAGCAGCCUUUUUCUCCUCGUCACGCUAUGGGCUUCCUUUCAGGAUGGUUUGGGUCUUCCAGUCAUGAAGGAGUCAGACGUAGAUGUAGGUGAUGGAGCCCCAACUCACCAUGUGAGGACCAGACGCUGCGCCUGCAGCACCCAGGACGACUACGAGUGCCACUACUUCUGUCACCUGGACAUUAUCUGGGUCAACACACCCAGUAAGACAACAGUUUACGGCCUGGGUGGUGCUCUGCUGCGGCGACGCCGCUCCACUGGCCGCUGCACCUGUGCCGAUGUGAGAGACGAAGCCUGCUCCAACUUCUGCCGUGUCCGCCCAGACAUCAAAUCUGUGAAGCGCUCCCACCUGGACAUCCUCAGUAUCCUCAGAUCUGCUGCUGUUAAGUCAAACAGAGCUGGAGUUGCUCCCGGGUCAGACGGAGAGCAGCUCUCUGAGAGCGAGAUCGCUUGACCUCGACUGCAGGAACAGGGAGAGUGAAAAAAGGGAAAGAGGGCAGCAAAAUGAGCACCUGAACAAAUGACACUCCUAUGAAAGAGAGGAGGGAACGAAGCAGGUAGCUGAUCCAGAGGGCCAAGAGAGCCAAAUAGCGUCCGUUUUUAGUCAGAAACAGAGGGUGGAACGCACGACGAAGGUCUGUAGGCAGACAGAUCUGGAGGAUCAGAUCUGACAAACGAGGAUGUUUGACUGCUGGAGCUGAAGUGUCUGUCUCUGUGUGCCGUCCAGGCAAGACAGAGAUUGUGUAAAUAUAAGUGCAGGAAGUCAAAGCACGAACUGUGUUUUUGCUCAGUUAAUGUUUGUUUGUUGUGCAAAUUAUAACAUAUUUAAUAUUAACCUAAUAAUAUAAUAGGGGAAGGUGGUUAAAAGUCCAGUUUAAUGAAUGUUUUAUUUUAAAUAUUGCAUUUACAUGUAUCUAUAUGUACACAUGUAUGGUAUAUUCUUAUAUUUUUGUUAAUUUUCUUUCUUUUUUCUUAAAUUAGUUCGAUAUAUCUGUGAUUUUUGUAAGUAUUGUCAACAAUUAAUGCUUGAAAUAAACUAAUAAAUCAAAUAAAAUGAUUAAAUUUGAUUAUGU